AUGCCCAUGCUCCCGAGCAAUGGCGUGCAGCGCGACGUCGUCGGAUCUCAAUAUUCAACGGAGCAGCUCAGUAUCUCGCCAUCGACCACACCGCUCCGAUCCGGCAUCAUUGACACCUCGCAAGAUGCCCUAAUCUUACUAAAGCACUACUUGAGCAGCGUCCUGCCAUUCUUUACUCCAUUCCGACAUUUAAAGACACCGUGGCACGUCCUUUUCCUACCAUUGGUAAAGAACACAUUCGUAGGCCUCGCACUGCAGGAAGCAGUAGGUGAAGCAAGCUUGUGUGUCUUCUAUGGCAUACUUUCCAUCGGCGCAUCGAGCCUCGGUGGCACAAGUCAUGCUCCCAUCUGGCAUCGCAAGAGUGAGAUCUAUAAGCACAAGGCGUGUGAGCAUGCCAGAGCUUCGUUACAGUCGGCUUACGAGGAACCCAAGCAAGCAAAAUACAAGACUCAGCUGAUGGUGCUGCUCACAAUGGCGCAGAUGGCAACAGUCUCCGGAACUCGAUACGAGGCUGAGUACUUCCUCCUGGAGUCUGAAAGGCUCAUCCGUCUCCGUGGCUUGGGACGAAGAAAGUCUCGGAAAUGCCGUCUACUGCAUCAUUGCUAUGCAUACGAGCGCAUCUUCUACGAAAGCACUUCCACGGCAAAUGGACGCUCCAGAAAUCGUCGUCUGCGUAUGGAAAUCUCAACCGCCUGCGCUGCCAACAGCAAAGACAACAUCUCGUUUCGCCUCCCAAGCCUCGAACAUCUGGAAGCAAACAUGCUUACGAUCAAAGACCGAGACAAAGGGGAAGACGAUCUUCACAUGCAGCUACCGGGCAUCUAG